AUGCGGGAGCGGCAGGAGAGGAUGCUGAUGAUGAAGCGCAAGAACUUGGAGCGCGAGGAGAAGGAGGGCCGCCCGUCAGCGCGCCAGAGGCGAGCCGCUGACGGCGCUGGCGCUGGAUUCGGUGGUGGUGGCGGUGGGGGUGGUGGUGGGGGUGGGGGUAAUGGGUACCAUGGGGAGGGUGGCGGGUCGGAGCACCGAGCGUCUGGGGGUCAGAGGAGGCCGUCCUGUGGGCCCCUACCUGAUGGGUGGCUGGACUGCCCGUCUAUGGGCGAGGCCAUUGGGCUGCUCAUCCCCUCCAAGGCACCGCUGGGGGAGGCGUUCCGAGAGCUGGUGGAGCCGGGCAAGCGGUGGACCCCGGAGGUGGCUCUCCGGCACACACGUAGCAUGAAGAAAGACGUGGGGAUGGUGGUCGACCUGACCAACACCACGCGCUACUACAAUCCAAAAGACUGGGCCAAACUCAACGUGAAAUACGUCAAGCUGGCCUGCAGGGGGCGAGACGAGGUACCAGACGAUGAGACGGUCAACCGCUUUGUCUAUGUGGCGCUGGACUACAUGCGCGCGACAGAGCGCAAGAAGAGCAUCAUUGUGCACUGCACGCACGGGCACAACCGCACGGGCUUCAUGAUCGUCCACUUGCUCAUGCGCGCCAUGGGGGGCCACGUGGCAGAGAGGCUAACGGAAUUCGCAGAGGCGCGCCCUCCAGGAAUAUACAAGGAGGAGUACAUUCAAUCGCUCUUCACCUUCUACCACGAGCGGCGCCCCGAGGCGGUGAUCUGCCCGCCCACGCCCGAGUGGAAGGCCACCUUUGACCUGGACCUCGAUCUCAACGUGGCCUUAGAGAUGGACGAGGAGGACGCGGGUGGGGGCUCAGGCAGUGGUGGUGGCGAUGAUGGAAAUGAGGAGUGUGGCGCUGCUGUGCUGCCAGAGCCGGAGGCGGGCAAGGAGGAGGAGGGCAAGAAGAAGAUGACGAUUGACGAUGUGCUGGGGUCGGCAAUACCGGAGGAGCAGCAGUGGGAGCUGCAGCAGCUCGUGUGCACGGGACUCAAGUCGAACAAUUUUCGGCACUUCCCCGGCUCGCAACCAGUCUCACUGGAUCUCAAGAAUCUGCAGCUGCUGCGGCAGCGGCUGUACUAUGUGACAUGGAAGGCCGAUGGCACGCGCUACAUGAUGCUCAUCUGCCCUGACGGCUGCUACCUCAUCGACAGAAACUUCCGGUUUCGGCGAGUGCAAAUGAGGUUUCCCGCGCGCAAGCACCUGCAGCACAAGCCGGUGGACGACUGGGACGUGCACCGCACCACACUGCUGGACGGCGAGAUGGUGGUGGAUGAGCUGCCCGGCACUGACGUGCAGGAGCGGCGCUACCUCAUCUAUGAUCUCAUGAUGCUUGACAGCGUGCCGCUGGGAGAUAGACCAUUCGCGGAGCGGUUUGAGCUGAUAGAGAGGGAGGUGGUGGCGCCGCGCAAGAUGGAUGCAGCCAUGAACCCCCUUUAUGACUACAGCCUGGAGGACUUCAAGGUGCGGCGCAAGGACUUCUACAUGCUGAGCACAGUGGGCAAGCUGCUGCACGACUUCAUCCCCAAGCUCAGCCACGAGUCCGAUGGACUCAUCCUGCAGGGGUGGAACGAUGCAUAUGUGCCACGCACGCACGAGGGCCUGCUUAAGUGGAAGUAUGCUCACAUGAACUCCGUUGACUUCUGCCUCAAGAAAUCACCGGAGGGCAAGUGGGUGCUGCUGCUGUCCGACAGGAAGACGCUGCGAGCGCUACCAGCAGCCAAGUUCACCCACCCUGGCAUGAGUGAGGAGGAGGCGAAGGAGCUGGAGGGGAAGAUAGUGGAGUGCUGCUGGAAGAAGGACGAGGCCGAGUGGGAGUUCAUGCGCGUGCGCACUGACAAGGAGCACCCCAACGCAUGGCACACGUACCUCAAGGUGAUGGAGAGCAUCCGAGACAACAUCACAGAGGAGGUGCUGCUGAAGGAGGUGCAGCACAUCCGCAGCCUGCCCGUCCAGCUCCUUCACCCUAGCCCCUCCAUUCCCCUCCUACUCCACCCGCUCCCCUCCCUUUUCUCCUCUUCCGUCUCCGCUCUCCACUCUUCCCAUUCUCUCUUUCCCCAUCAGGAGGCUUACGUCAUCACGAAGCUAGACUCUGCAGAGCGAACCUUCAAAGAACUUUCUAUUCGACUGGCAGAUCCCGAGGUGGCGUCCAACGCGACAGAGUACAUGCGCAUUGCCAAGUCCGCCGGGGAGAUCGAGGAGGUGGCGAGUGCCUAUGCGGAGUGGAAGGACAAGCAGCAGCAACUGGCUGACGCAAAAGCCUUGAUGAAGGACAGUGCAUCGGACCCGGAGAUGGCGGAGAUGGCCGGGGAGGAGGUGGGCGAGCUGGAGGCGCAGCUAGAGGAGCUGGAGGGGCGCCUCAAGGUGCUGCUGCUGCCCACCGACCCGCUUGAUGCAAGGAACAUCAUGCUGGAAGUGCGGGCGGGCACGGGAGGGGAUGAAGCGGGCAUCUGGGCAGGCGACCUGGUGAAGAUGUACGGUCGCUACGCGGACAAGAACGGGUGGCGAGUGUCUCCUGUUUCCUGCACUGAGGCGGAGAUGGGGGGCUUCAAGGAGUACGUGAUGGAGAUAGCGGGCGAGCGCGUGUACAGCAAGCUCAAGUACGAGAGCGGGGUGCACCGCGUGCAGCGCGUGCCUGCCACUGAGUCUGCAGGCCGGGUGCACACCUCCACUGCCACUGUGGCCAUCAUGCCCGAGAUCGAUGAGGUAGAAGUGGUGAUCGACCCGAAAGACAUUGAACUGACGACAGCACGGUCAGGAGGCGCAGGUGGGCAGAACGUGAACAAGGUGGAGACGGCGGCAGACCUGUUCCACAAGCCCACGGGCAUCCGCAUCUUCUGCACGGAGGAGCGCUCGCAGCUCAAGAACAAGAUCCGCGCCAUGCAGCUGCUCAGGGCCAAGCUCUAUGAGCGCAUGCUGCAGGAGCAACAGGACGAAGUCAGCUCUCGCAGACGAUCGCAGGUCGGCACGGGUUCACGCUCCGAAAAGAUUCGAACCUACAACUACAAGGACAACCGGGUGUCGGACCAUCGCACCAAGAUCAACUAUGACCUCGGCUCGUUCCUCAAUGGCGAUAUUGACAACGCCAUCCAGUCCAUGGUGGCGAUGGAGCAGAAGGAGAUGCUGGAGGAGCUGGCAGCGUCCGUGCAAACCACAGUUUGA